ACAUGGGAGCUUGUCUGCCCAAGGAAAAGGGGCACCGGAUCCAACUCCAGAAAUUUCUACCCUCCUUGCUGGUCAGAGAACAAAAGUGGGACCAACACCUCGACCAGGUCUAUAUGCUGCAACAGAAGAGGAUUCGAGAGUCUCUACUGCUUCAGGCAGCCAAGGAAAAUGAUCUGUUUGUCCUUAGGCAACUUCUGCUGGACCGAACCUGUGACAUUCGACAAAGAGGAGCCCUGGGCGAGACGGCACUGCACAUAGCAGCCCUCUAUGACAAUCUGGAGGCAGCCUUAUUGCUGGUGGAUGCUGCCCCAGAGCUGGUCUUCGAGCCUACCAUGUAUGAGCCUUAUGUAGGUCAGACUGCACUGCACAUUGCUAUUGUGAACCAGAACGUGAGCCUCGUGCGAGCCCUGCUUGCCCAUGGGGCCAGUGUCUCUGCCAGAGCCACAGGCACUGCCUUCCGCCGCAGUUCCCACAACCUCAUCUACUUCGGGGAGCACCCUUUGUCCUUUGCUGCCUGCGUGAGCAGUGAGGAGAUUGUGCGGCUGCUCAUUGAGCAUGGAGCGGAUGUCCGGGCCCAGGACUCUCUGGGAAACACGGUAUUGCACAUCCUCACCCUCCAGCCCAACAAAACCUUCGCCUGCCAGAUGUACAACCUGCUGCUGUCCUAUGAUGGAUGCAGGGACCACCUGCAGCCCCUAGACCUCGUGACUAAUCACCAGGGUCUCACCCCCUUCAAGCUGGCUGGAGUGGAGGGCAACACUGUGAUGUUCCAACACCUGAUGCAAAAGCGGAAGCACAUCCAGUGGACAUAUGGACCGCUGACCUCCAUUCUCUAUGACCUCACAGAGAUCGACUCCUGGGGAGAAGAGCUGUCCUUUCUAGAACUCGUGGUCUCCUCCAAUAAACGGGAGGCUCGUCAGAUCUUAGAACAGACCCCAGUGAAGGAGCUGGUGAGCUUCAAGUGGAACAAAUAUGGGCGGCCAUACUUCUGUAUCCUGGGUGCCUUGUACCUGCUCUACAUGAUAUGCUUCACUAUGUGCUGCGUUUAUCGCCCCCUUAAGUUCCGUGGUAGCAACCGCACUAAUUCUCGAGAUAACACCAUUCUCCAACAGAAACUACUCCAGGAGGCCUAUGUGACUCAUCAGGAUAUCAUCCGGUUGGUGGGGGAGCUGGUGAGCAUCCUAGGGGCUGUGAUCAUCCUGUUCCUAGAGAUUCCCGACAUCUUCAGGGUCGGUGCCUCUCGCUAUUUUGGACAGACGAUCCUUGGAGGUCCAUUUCAUGUCAUCAUCAUCACUUAUGCCUUCAUGGUACUGGUGACCAUGGUGAUGAGACUCACCAACACCAACGGGGAGGUGGUGCCCAUGUCCUUCGCCCUGGUACUAGGCUGGUGCAGUGUCAUGUAUUUUGCCCGAGGAUUCCAGAUGCUGGGCCCCUUCACCAUCAUGAUCCAAAAGAUGAUUUUCGGAGACCUAAUGCGUUUCUGCUGGCUAAUGGCUGUGGUCAUCCUGGGAUUUGCCUCAGCAUUCUACAUCAUUUUCCAGACAGAGGACCCAACCAACCUAGGAGAGUUCUAUGACUAUCCCAUGGCACUGUUCAGCACCUUUGAGCUUUUCCUCACCAUCAUUGAUGCACCCGCAAAUUACGAUGUGAACUUGCCCUUCAUGUUUAGCAUUGUCAACUUUGCUUUUGCCAUCAUCGCCACACUGCUUAUGCUCAACCUGUUCAUCGCCAUGAUGGGUGACACACACUGGAGGGUGGCCCAGGAGCGGGACGAACUCUGGAGGGCCCAGGUUGUGGCCACCACAGUGAUGCUGGAGCGGAAGAUGCCUCGCUGCCUGUGGCCUCGCUCUGGGAUCUGUGGGCGUGAGUACGGCCUGGGGGACCGCUGGUUCCUGAGGGUCGAGAACCAUCGCGAUCAAAAUCCUUUGCGAGUGCUUCGCUACGUGGAAGCAUUCAAGAGCUCAGACAAAGAGGAUGGACAAGAGAAUCUUUCUGAGAAACAGCCCUCUGUGACUGGAAGUGGGAUUCUAGCUAGAGCGUCUCUGGCCCUCCCAAACCCCUCCCUGUCCCGGACCACAUCCCAGAGCAGCAGCAGUCACAGGGGCUGGGAAAUUCUUCGUCAAAACACCCGGGGACACUUGAAUCUUGGACUGGAUCUUGGUGAGGGGGAUGGAGAAGAGGUCUACCAUUUCUAAUUAGCAACUCUGAUAUCUUGACCUGACUCCAGGUGGAUCUGGGAACAGGGAAAAAGAGAGAGAGAGACACCUGCCUGAGCAAAUGUCUAACUUCCAUGUCUGUUAAUUAUGGGAGCAUGUGAACAGAACAAUUCCUAAAGGGCCAUCUCUCACCUUUCAUAUCAGCAUUUCUGGCAACUGGCAAUGGACAUCUAUUGUCCCAUAUAUUUUCUGGGUUCUUGGAAGUCCAAUAUCUUGGAAAAAAGAGCUAUCUUUCUGAGCAAAGUUGAACUUGGUCAUUACAGACAUGAGGUAGGGAUGCUAUGUGAAUGUCUGAACCAUUUCUUUCCUGCCUCAUGUAGGUCCCAGAAGGCAGUAAGCUGUGAGGCCUGCCUGACACUCCAGGGUAUCAGGUGGGAAGAGCCAGGCAUGGCAUAGAGAUUGUGGCACUUUCUUUUCUU